AUGGCCCGCGCAGAAUCCUCCAAAGACGCCUCAACGAACGGCACAAAAGGCCACAACACCCAUGGCACCUCCACCACCUACGAACUCCCCUGGGUAGAAAAAUACCGCCCAGUUUUCCUCGACGACAUCGUCGGCAACACCGAAACAAUCGAGCGCCUGAAAAUCAUAGCAAAAGACGGAAACAUGCCGCACGUCAUCAUAAGUGGAAUGCCAGGAAUCGGAAAAACAACCUCAGUCCUCUGUCUCGCACGGCAGCUCUUAGGCGACGCAUAUAAAGAAGCCGUGCUCGAACUCAACGCAUCAGACGAGCGAGGAAUCGACGUAGUACGAAAUCGAAUCAAAGGCUUUGCGCAAAAGAAAGUCACAUUACCUGCUGGCCGCCAGAAAAUUGUGAUUCUCGACGAAGCGGAUUCCAUGACUUCAGGCGCCCAACAAGCCUUGCGACGAACGAUGGAGAUUUAUUCCGGAACCACGAGAUUCGCGUUCGCGUGUAACUUGAGUAACAAAAUCAUCGAACCUCUGCAGUCGCGUUGCGCGAUCCUGAGAUAUUCGCGCUUGACGGAUGCGCAAGUGGUCAAGAGGUUGUAUCAGAUUUGUGAGGCGGAAAAGGUGGAGUAUAGUGAUGAUGGGAUUGCGGCGCUGGUGUUUAGUGCGGAGGGGGAUAUGAGGCAGGCAAUCAAUAAUUUGCAGAGUACGCAUGCGGGAUUUGGGUUUGUGAAUGGGGAUAAUGUUUUUCGGGUUGUGGAUAGUCCGCAUCCGAUUAAGGUGCAGGCCAUGAUUAAGAGUUGUCAGGAGGGGAAGAUUGAUGAGGCGUUGGAUGAUUUGAAGGAGUUGUGGAAUUUGGGAUACUCUUCUCACGAUAUUAUCAGUACCAUGUUCAAGGUGACAAAGACGAUUCCCUCAUUGUCGGAGCAUACGAAGCUAGAAUUCAUUCGGGAGAUUGGGUUUACACACAUGCGCAUCUUGGAAGGCGUGCAGACGUAUCUGCAGCUCGCUGGCUGCGUCGCUAAGCUCUGCAAGCUGAACAUGAAACCGCAGCUCUUCGAAGUGCCGAGAGACUAG